CUUCUGCACAAGCACUUGUAUAAAACCCCUCAUGGUUUACUAGCAAUAGUCAAAAACCCUAACUCACUUCCGCCACACUUUUUACUCAGUCGCUAGCUCAACAUGGGAAGCGAUACCGAAGGCGAGAAGUCGAUUCAAAAGGAGGAGAAGAAGAAGAUUAUCUCUCUUGCUCCUAUCGCCAAACCUCUCGCCGGCAAAAAGCUCCAGAAGAGGACAUUCAAACUCAUUCAAAAAGCUGCUGGAAACAAGUGUUUGAAGAGAGGCGUUAAGGAAGUGGUCAAGAGCAUAAGACGUGGCCAAAAAGGAUUAUGCGUUAUAGCUGGAAACAUUUCUCCCAUUGAUGUGAUCACCCAUCUCCCAGUCUUGUGUGAAGAAGCUGGUGUUCCUUACGUCUACGUUCCAUCCAAAGAAGAUCUUGCGCAAGCCGGGGCAACAAAACGACCAACAUGUUGCGUCUUGGUCAUGCUUAAACCGGCCAAAGGAGAGCUAAGCGCAGAAGAUCUUGAAAAGUUGAAGACAGACUACGAACAAGUCUCGGAUGAUGUUAAAGAGCUUUCAACAUCAGUAAUCUGAUUAGGAACUAGAAUCAGAGAUUCUGUUGUGCCUUAGUGGCUUUUUUGGUUAUUGAUUAUGACGAGAUUAGGGGCCCUUAUAACGAUUGUAAUUUAGGAUCAUAAAACAAUGUUUUUUUUUUAUCAGUGAUA